AUGAGGGAACGACCAGCAAGCGCUGCAGUUUGGAGUUCUGAUAGUGACACACACCUUUCUCGAGAAAGAGAGGCGACGGAAAAAGAAAACUGGCAACAGGUAGCGACCAGCAAGCUCGGGCAGAACGUAGCGGCAGCCUCGGAGGUCAGAGCGCGGCGUCGACCCCUGGGUGACGCUGCGAAUAUUCCACGAAUCGAUGGGCAAGUUCAGCAGAAGAAGCACUAUGUGCACCGGACACCGCGAGGCCGGAGAGCGCGUGAAAAGUCUCCAGAAACUGGUCGAAAGGCGACGCCGACGAGCAGGACAUCCUGGGGUCUCGCCACGCAACCGCCGCCCGGUGCUGCGGAGGUAGCUUUCUAUGAACCGCUUUCGCAGUUUGCCAGCGAUGCCUCGCGGAGGCACCUGGAUGCGCAACUCGCUUCACCGGAUGUCGUGGCUCUGGAUGCGAGGCUACUGGAUCACGACGACGGUAUUCCGGAACCAGAGAUCGUUCCGAAUGCCAUCUCCGUGCCAGAAACGGAUCCGCUCUUCUACGAGCCGCUUGUUUCGUUCGCCGAACAGGAUAUAGAUCUGGAUCCAAGUAGAGAGCACCGCCUGGUCCAUGGGAUGCUGUGCUCGCUAUCUCCAAGCGGUCUGCCGCGCGAGAAAACACCACUUCUCAUGCCAUUUGACGAGGAGCCUUUCCCGGAGGAGGAUCACUUGCCGGUGACUGAAAAGGCGCACCUGUCACCCGGACGGUCGGGUUCAGGUCUUGCUAGACUUGAACCGCCAAUACUUCGCUUUCCUCCAUAA